CGGGUGGGCAUUAAAACGGUUUCAAGUCAGCGAAACGACGAAAAACGAAUCAACGCAAGCUUCACGGCUCAGCGAAGCUCUUCAUCUGACGAGCAUUCGGCUGGUUAUCCACCAGCACCAGCACCACGACCACGACCACGACGACGACUAUCAACCGACCGACUGGCAAGCAAGCAGCCAGCCAACCAUACGCAGAUAAAAUAA